UCCCAGAGUUCCUGGUCUUCCACCAUGAAUCCUGUUUACAGCCCCGUCCAACCGGGGGCUCCCUAUGGAAACCCGAAGAACAUGGCAUACACAGGUGCUGGAGUUCCAGAGGGUUCUGCGUGGUCACAGAAGACAGACCUCAUUCCAAGAGAUGAUUCCCAAGCAGUUGUAAUGUUCUCCUGCAAAAAAAAGCAGUGAUUCCUUGAGCUGGGAAGGGAAAAAUUCCAUGAAAGAAGCUGAGAGGGGUUGGUCACAUAAACACCCAGCGGGAGUUGCUUCCGGGACACACCAGCUGGAAUAAAGGGUUAUCCCACGGGAUAUCCCACGGCUGCCCCGGCCUACAACCCCAACAUGUACCCGACCAGCAGCCCCGGCUACGCCCCAGCCACCCUCCUGAUGAAGCAAGCCUGGCCUCAGACCUCCUCGUCCUGUGCCACCGAGGGCACCUUCCACCUCCCGGUGGACACCGGCACCGAGAACAGAACCUACCAGGCCUCUUCUGCAGCUUUCAGAUACACCGCAGGGACUCCCUACAAGGUGCCACCGACCCAGAGUAACAACGCUCCUCCUCCCUACUCGCCGUCUCCCAACCCGUACCAGACUGCCAUGUACCCCAUCCGAAGUGCCUACCCCCAGCAGAACCUGUACACACAGGGAGCUUAUUACACCCAGCCGGUGUACGCGGCGCAGCCCCACGUCAUCCAUCACACCACCGUGGUCCAGCCCAACAGUAUCCCGUCGGCCAUCUAUCCCGCUCCGGUGGCCGCGCCCAGGACCAACGGAGUGGCCAUGGGAAUGGUCGCCGGGACCACCAUGGCCAUGUCAGCAGGAACCUUGUUGACCACCCCCCAACACACCGCCAUCGGAGCACAUCCCGUGUCCGUGCCAACGUACAGGGCUCAAGGAACCCCCACCUACAGCUACGUACCUCCACACUGGUAAUCCACUGGCCAAUCCAUAUCCGGAAUCAAACAUUGUAUGCAACUCCACAAGUCUUACAUCGGUGCCCCGGCCCCUGGGCCGCAGCACCUCGUCUGUUUGCAAGAACAAAACUCAACAAACCGAGUGCAAGGGUCACUUUAUGCAUCCUUUAGUGGUUUUUGUAAAAGCUGCUUUUUCUAAUCUUCUGCCUCUCUUUGAUUUUCCCCUCCCGUCCCCCUCCCACAUAAAUCGUGUAACACACAUGACUGACACCGAGCAAUAGUAAAGUUCUCUCUCUUUGGUCCUUGGAAA